AUGUCGGCUGUCCGCAAGUUUCGGUUGCCCGCAAAUGUCCCAGGCUGCCCGCAAAUGUCUCAGCUGCCCGCAAAUGUUUCAGCUGCCCGCAAGUGUGACCCCCCAAAUUUUGCCCGCAAAGUGGCUGCCCGCAAAAAAUUUGCCCGCAAACUGGUUGCCCGCAAAGUGGUUGUCCGCAAGUGUCGCGACGCCUCACAAACUCUUUCCUUCCGACCGUUGGAACAAACAAAAAAUCUUUUUCCGAUGACCUUCUUUCCAUCCGAAAUCUCCGAACCUAAAUCAAAACCCCGAAAGCGUCGAUAAUUCCUAUAAUGACCUACCUAAUUAAGGCGAUCGGCAAGAACUAAAAAAAUCGCAGGAAUUCGUCAGUCGGGAUUCAUCGGAGAGUUUGAUAAGGUCGGUUUUCCCCUUUGCCGUUUUAAAAAUCCGUUUCAGUAAUGUUAAAUAUCCCUGUUAUGUUAAUCGUGUACGUAAAAUAUACUUUUUUGAAUCUGCGUUUUCAGCUCCAUGGAGAUCAAAGAGAUCACGGCGGAGACGCCGCCAAAGGCGGCUAUUUUCAGCGCCGCAAUCAGCGUCUUAUGUCUUUGCGCCAUGGCCAUCACUAUCCCCGUGAUGAUCUACCGACUCGAUGCGGCUCACGCCGAUAUUGAAAGCCGAAUGAACGCUUUUAAAGUGAGCUUUAUUGACUUUUCAGAGACAAAAAAAAUUGAAAAAGCUUCAUUCUAGAGCCCCACAAUCAUUCUUAAAUUUUCAGUACACCGCCCGAGGGAUUUGGCAGGAUAUUUUGAUCGUGAAGUCGGGAGGCCGUGCCAAGCGUCAAGGCUAUGGCGCAGCCCCAAUGGACGACGCUGCUAAUGGCCAAUGCACUAGCUGUGUUCAACUUCAAUGCCCUCCAGGCCCGCCAGGGCCUCCCGGAGUGGAUGGGGAGGACGGUCAAGAUGGUCUUCUUGGACGCCCAGGCAAGCCUGGAUUGGAUGGACUGGACGUUCCUCUCGAGCCUGAACCCGCUUUCCCAUGGUAAGAACUUGCAUUUCAUUCAACUUUAAAGCAUUUUUAUACAAGCAAACCUUUCCAUAUCAAUCUGCUGGGAAAAUAAUGAGCAUAGUUUCGCUGAGCCGAUCGCAUCGCUGAAGUAAAAAGGCUUUGAUGCAACACAAUUCAUUUUCUCGGCAAUAGCGAUUUUCGAUGCGACAGAAUGCUCAUUAUUUUCCAGACGGAUUGAUAGUUAAAAUAUGAGUCCUAAUGUCACCAUUUUUAGUGUGAUCUGCCCAGCCGGCCCUCCUGGCAAUCGUGGACCCCAAGGGGAGCAAGGUCGCUCCGGUGUUCCCGGUGAACCUGGACUUCCCGGUCUCCCAGGCCGUCCCGGAAAACCUGGCCGAGUCGGUGACGCUGGACCACCCGGAGAGCCGGGAGAGCCCGGUGAACCGGGAAUCAAAGGCCCUCCUGGUGACGACAGCAUCGGCGGCACCGGAAUUAAGGGCCCACCCGGUCCGGCUGGUCCACGCGGUCCUAAGGGCCCACCAGGACCAAACGGAUUGCCAUCCAACAACUCGGGACCACCAGGUCAAAUCGGUGAGACCGGCCCGCCUGGACCUCCCGGGAAGCGAGGAGAACCCGGACCACCUGGCCCAGUUGGAUUGCCUGGAGAGGCUGGAGAGCAAGGAGGACAUUGUCCAAGCUCAUGUGGAAUCCAGGAGAUUGUCGCGCCUUCUGUUGUCGAACUGGACACCGGAAGCAACUAUGGUAAUGGCGGUUAUGCUAACCAAGGCGGCGCUGGAGGCUAUGGGAAGAAAUAA